CCCAUGUCGUAUGCGACGCUUAGAAGCCACUUCGGUGACGUAAUAGGUGCGCAGAUGUGCGGAUUUCAUGUCGUUGCUGUAUUCCAACCCUGACAAUCUUUCUCCCUGCAACACCAUUCUGCCUGCAUCUCCUCCACCCCUUGGCAUCCUUUUCAUAACCUCACCUCAGGACAAGGAAAUCCUUCUCGGUUUAGUUCAGUAACGAGGCUUCGCCGUCAGUAAUAACAAACUUCGACACCAAGGAUCCCCUCGAGCCAGCAUGUCUGACGACACCAUUGCGCAGAUCAAGGCGACGCAAGAGCAGCGGGCGAAGGACAAAGCGACUCAGCGCGAGGACACGCGCGUGUCCCUGACGGGAGUUGGAUACGAUCAGGAUAUCUAUGGCAGUGGUAACAAAUUUGAGGGUUACUCGACAGAGCUCCCCAUGGAUGAUGACGAGGAGGAGGAUGAGCUCUCAAAGCGCAUGGCCCAGAACAGCAAGAAACUAUCCUCAUAUACUGCACCUAAGGAAGCCUUUGCUCAUUUGGCAUCCGUGGAUGGAGAUGAUACCGAUCCGUUUGCAGGAAGAGUCGAAUCAAAGAGAAUCAUCGACAGAGAAGACGAUUACAACAAGCGACGCUUAAACAGAGUCCUUUCUCCUACCAGAUUGGAUCCCUUCGCUAAGGGUGAUGUUGCUGAUUCAGAUGCAAGAUCAUAUGCGGAGGUCAUGAGAGAAGCGGAACUCGAGCGCGAACAGCAGCGAGUCCUUCAAAAGAUUGCGGAAAAGAAGAAGGAGGCACAGAAGGCUACAGGACAGGACGCACCACCCCCACCUACACCUACUGGACGGAAAAGACGUUGGGAUGUAGCUACACCUGUCGUGGCACCCGCUGCGACCUCAUCAUGGAACGAACCAGACGACCACGUUGCUGCGCCAACAAACCGGUGGGAGGAGACACCAAAGGCGGAGGUCAAGAAGCGAAACCGUUGGGAUGAGACACCAGUUGCCAACAGUACAUCAUCAUGGGACGCUACGCCGAGGGCUUCUGGAGUUACCGAGACACCAACAGCGAAGCGCUCGAGAUGGGACGAGACACCAGUCGCACCUUCAGGCAUGUUUGGCGCCACUCCAAUGGGAGCUGGACAGCUCGGCAUGGUCACACCCAACCUUGCUGUGCCUAUGACUCCCGAAGCGAUGAACGCGCAGCGCUGGGAGCACGAGAUCGACAUGCGUAACCGACCUCUCUCGGACGAAGAUCUAGACGCCAUGUUUCCUACAACCGGCUACAAAAUUCUUGACCAACCCACCACCUACCAGCCUAUUCGCACACCUGCCCGCAAACUCAUGGCGACACCCACACCCUAUGCUGGAAGUGGAUUCAUGAUGCAGGACGAAAACAUGAAGCAGAACUAUGGUAUUGCACCCGAGGUAGAGAUUCCUGGUGGCAGCAAUCUUCCGUUCUUCAAGCAGGAGGAUAUGCAGCAUUUCGGAAAGUUAUUGGACGAGAAGGACGAAUCGGCUAUGUCACCGGAGGACAUCAAGGAGCGCAAGAUCAUGAGGUUGUUGUUGAAGAUCAAGAACGGAACACCACCUAUGCGAAAGGCUGCUCUUAGGACAAUCACGGACAAGGCGCGAGAUUUUGGCGCGGGACCUCUUUUCAACCAAAUUUUGCCUUUGCUCAUGUCGCCAACGCUUGAAGACCAGGAGCGUCACUUGUUGGUAAAAGUCAUUGACAGGAUUUUGUACAAGCUGGAUGAUCUUGUGCGCCCAUAUGUCCACAAGAUCCUGGUCGUCAUUGAGCCGUUGCUGAUUGAUGAGGAUUACUACGCGCGUGUAGAAGGUCGAGAGAUUAUCAGCAACUUGAGUAAGGCAGCCGGACUCGUCACCAUGAUUGCGACAAUGCGUCCCGAUAUUGACCAUGCCGAUGAAUACGUUCGAAAUACGACAGCGCGUGCGUUCUCCGUUGUCGCCUCUGCACUUGGUAUCCCAGCACUGCUGCCCUUCUUGAAGGCUGUACCAAACAGUAAAAAGUCGUGGCAGGCUCGACAUACCGGUAUUAAGAUUGUACAACAGAUUGCCAUUUUGCUCGGAUGCGCUAUUCUGCCCCAUCUCAAGAACCUGGUCGACGCCAUCGCCAAGGGUUUGGAGGAUGAACAGCAGAAGGUCAGGACAAUCACAUCUCUCGCUAUCGCUGCAUUGGCCGAGGCUGCCCAUCCUUACGGUAUCGAAUCUUUCGACUCUGUACUCGCGCCUCUCUGGUCAGGCAUCCGCAAGCACCGAGGAAAGGGCCUUGCGGCUUUUCUCAAGGCCAUUGGAUAUAUCAUCCCCCUGAUGGACGCCGAAUAUGCCAACUAUUACACAAAGGAGGUCAUGCCCACUCUGAUCAGGGAGUUCCAGUCUCCAGAUGAGGAGAUGAAGAAGAUUGUGCUCAAAGUUGUCAAGCAAUGUGCUGGCACGGAUGGAGUUACACCUCAGUACAUCAAGGAGGAGAUUUUGCCAGAGUUUUUCAAGAACUUUUGGGUGCGUCGCAUGGCAUUGGACCGAAGGAACUACAAACAACUGGUUGAAACCACAGUCGAACUUGCGCAGAAAGUUGGCGUGACAGAGAUUAUUUCCAGGAUCGUCGAGGAUUUGAAGGACGAGUCGGAGCCCUACCGCAAGAUGGUCAUGGAGACGAUCGAGAAGGUGAUCGCACAGCUGGGUGCCGCAGAUAUCGACGGCCGGCUGGAGGAGGUUCUCAUCGACGGUAUCUUGUACGCCUUCCAGGAACAGACAGUGGAGGAUAUUGUUAUGCUCAACGGUUUCGGCACAGUGGUCAACGCUCUCGGAUAUCGCAGCAAGGCCUAUCUCCCCCAGAUUACUUCGACCAUUCUUUGGCGCCUGAACAACAAAUCUGCCAAGGUUCGACAGCAAGCUGCAGAUUUGAUCUCGCGAAUCGCCGUGGUGAUGAAGACCUGCGGAGAAGAGAAGCUGAUGGGUCAUCUCGGUCUUGUUCUGUUUGAAUACCUUGGAGAGGAAUACCCUGAAGUCCUGGGCUCUAUCCUGGGUGCAUUGAAGGCGAUUGUCAAUGUGAUCGGUAUGAGCAGCAUGACACCACCGAUCAAGGAUCUGCUUCCUCGCCUGACGCCUAUUCUCAAGAAUCGACACGAGAAAGUACAGGAGAACAAUAUCGAUUUGGUUGGCCGUAUUGCAGAUCGUGGAGCGGAGUAUGUGAGCGCAAGAGAAUGGAUGCGUGUCUGUUUCGAGCUAUUGGAUAUGUUGAAGGCACACAAGAAGGGCAUUCGUCGAGCAGCAGUCAAUACUUUUGGAUAUAUCGCCAAGGCCAUUGGACCGCAGGAUGUAUUGGCAACGUUGCUCAACAACUUGAAGGUGCAGGAGCGUCAGAACCGUGUGUGCACAACGGUUGCUAUUGCCAUCGUCGCCGAGACAUGUGCACCCUUCACAGUGUUGCCAGCAUUGAUGAAUGAAUACCGUGUGCCUGAACUCAACGUCCAGAACGGUGUCUUAAAGUCGCUGGCAUGGGUAUUCGAGUAUAUCGGAGAGAUGGGCAAGGACUAUAUUUAUGCGGUUACACCGCUGCUUGAGGAUGCACUCAUGGAUCGCGAUCUCGUUCAUCGUCAGACCGCAUGUACCACUGUGAAACAUAUGUCCCUGGGUGUUGUUGGCCUUGGAUGUGAAGAUGCGCUACUUCAUCUGCUUAAUUAUGUGUGGCCUAAUAUUUUCGAGACGUCGCCCCAUGUGAUCAACGCAGUGAUGGAUGCUAUCGAUGGUCUGACUGUAGCGCUGGGCUCGGGUACGACCCUACAAUAUGUGGUCCAGGGUCUGUUCCAUCCGGCGCGUAAGGUCCGAGAGAUCUACUGGAAGAUCUACAACAAUAUGUACAUUAGUGCACAGGACGGCGUGAUUCCGUUCUACCCCACAAUCGAGAACGACGAGAAGAACAUAUACGAGCGGACGGAGCUGUUCUAUGUCGUGUAGAGCGAACACAGCAAGUCAUAGCGAAAUAAAAUUGGGUCGUUUGUCU